CCCGCGGCCCGCCGGGUGCUGUAGUUUCCGCGGGCGAAAUUCCGCGGCGAGGCCGGACUACGCCUCCCGCCAUGCCCCGCGGCAGCCCGCCAGAGGCGGCCAGAGCUAAGGCCCAAAAGUUGUCACUAUCAUCGACAGUUACUUGCCAGCUGAGCAGCUGAAGUCUGUGGAAAAACUCGUUUCCCUUCCUUGCCAGAGGCUGGGCGCCCAAAUGGGGUAACAUGGAAGCUGCUGAUCUUACCAAUUUCUGUGCCUGUUCUUCAGGAUCUCUAAGUCUCUGAACAAAAUGAAUUUCAUUACAAGGCUUUCUACUUUAUGUCCGAGGAAAAGCAAGAUGCAACAGAGGCACCAAAGUAGUAGACGACCAGCUGUUCCACUUGGAUCACGGAUUUUAACUGAUCCGUCUAAAGUUUUUGAGCAUAACAUGUGGGACCACAUGCAGUGGUCACAAGAAGAAGAAGAGGGUGCCAAGGAAAAAGCAGCAGCGAACUCGCUUGUGAAAGUUCAAUGGGAAGACCAAGAUAAAUAUGAGAGAGAAGCCAGUAAAUAUUGGAAUGAAUUUUACAAGACUCAUAAAAAUAACUUUUUCAAGGAUCGCAAUUGGCUGUUUCUGGAGUUUCCAGAAAUUCUUCCAGAAAAAAUGAGAGAAGAGUUAAAAAUGGAAGAAAGAUCUUCAGAACACACAAAAAUAAAUAGUACCAACAGUUUUUCAUGCAAAAAUGAAAUCUUUGAGGAAGGAGAAAAAUACAGGAAGAAAAAUUAUGGAGGUGGUUCUACUUCUGUACAAGGAUAUGUAUAUAAUAAAAAACAAGCACAAUCUCUUACUGACAAUACUCAGGGUAAAAAUGGUGGAGAAGAACUUGACAGGCUAGAAUCUUUCCCUGGUAGUGAUGCCAGCUACAGAGUAUUAGAGGUUGGUUGUGGUGCUGGAAACAGUGUCUUUCCUAUUUUGAAAGUUCUGUGCAAUACACCUGGAACCUUUCUGUACUGUUGUGAUUUUGCUUCAGGAGCAGUGGAGCUGGUAAAGUCACAUUCGUCCUACAGUUCAGCCUGGUGUUCUGCCUUUGUUCAUGAUGUGUGUGAUGAUGCUUUACCCUAUCCUUUUCCAGAUGAGAUCCUGGAUGUCAUUCUCCUUGUCUUUGUGCUCUCUACUAUUCAUCCUGACAGGAUGCAAGGGGUUGUAAAUAGGUUGGCUAAACUACUGAAACCUGGAGGAAUGUUGUUAUUUCGAGACUAUGGAAGAUAUGAUACAGCUCAACUUCGUUUUAAAAAAGGUCAUUGCUUGUCAGAAAAUUUUUAUGUACGAGGAGAUGGAACCAGAGUAUAUUUCUUUACCAAAGAUGAGGUAUGGAACAUGUUCAACUUGGCUGGAUUAACUGAAGUACAGAAUUUAGUUGAUCGACGAUUACAAGUAAACAGGAAGAAAAAAGUGAAAAUGCAGCGAGUUUGGAUACAAAGCAAGUUCCAAAAACCAUUGCAGCUAUCUUGGAAUAAUGCUGAAGAAACCACUGAAAGGCACCCUUAUAGAUAAUCGUACCAUGAACUCCAGAAACCAAAGCAAAUUCAACAAAACCAAGGCAGGUGCUUGUACAGUAUCUGCAAAUCCACUGAACCUGAAGAGGACAACCAAAAUGCAGGGCAGAUGGGGAGACAGCAUGAACUCUAGUGACACUAAGGAAAAAUUUCUUGUAUUGGAAACUGCGUUUUCUGUUUUGUCUUUUGGUUGCAACUCAGCUAAUUUGUAGAGUCUGCUGUUUAAUAGUGACUAAAAAUUUCUAACAAACCAUUCUGAAAUUUGUAUUAAACACCAAUAGAAAUCACUUAACAUAAAUUUUGCUACUUCAUUUUGAUUUGUGUGAACUUUAUUCACUGCUCUGGCGUGCUCUUUGAUCUGUUGACAUAUGCCUCAUUUCUCCUUCUCCCUGUGCAUGGUAGACAAUUAAGCAGUUUCCACAGGAGCUAUAUAUACAAACAUUUGCAGUAAAGUUUGCUGGCUGGCUUAUUUCUAGAAUUGAAGCAAGAUAGUUUCAUUUCCUUCUGUACAGAACAGAUUGCUUUUUCUUUUUGUGUGAAUGCAAUGAAUUGUUUAGAUACUAAAUAAAUAUAGUGGUAUUGA